AUUUUUGGGGCCGGGAGGGGGUGUCCCUGUUGUCCCUCAAGCGGCACAACCGCGGUCCCAAAAAUGGGGGGAACAGGCAGAACCUGCCCACCACCCACCCCCAAUCUGCACCCACAUCUCACUCUGCCUCCAUCACCUGACGCCGCACGCAUCCCUCCAUCCCAUUGGCAGAACCGGGAGGUUUUUCCUUCCUCCCCCUUCUCUCCCAGCUCCUUGGAUAUCUAUUUUUCCCAUUUUUUUUUUUCUUCUCUCCCUCCUCUGGAGGGUGUUUGCUAUUUCCGAGCUGGCUGGGAGGAUCCCAGUCGCAUCAGCCGCAGGCAGCGACGCGGCAUCGCCGGGUACCACUGCGAUCCCUCCGGCAUCCUCCGUCCUUCCCGCUCGGAUCAGCCCCGCCGGGGCUCUCUGUGCUGCCCUCCCUUCCCUCCUCCUGCCCUGCCGCUCCACCGGCACCCCCGCGCCUCCCGGCAGCCCCCCGGCACGGCCAGGAGCUCAGCCCCUCCGGCCAUGGAGCUGCUCUCCACCCCCAAAAACAUCGAGAUCAACAACAUCACCUGCGAUUCCUUCCGCAUCUCCUGGGCUAUGGAGAAGGGGGACCUGGAGAGGGUCACCCACUACUUCAUCGACCUCAACAAGAAGGAGAACAAGAAUUCCAACAAGUUCAAGCACCGGGAUGUCCCCACCAAGCUGGUGGCCAAGGCGGUGCCGCUGCCCAUGACGGUGCGGGGCCACUGGUUCCUGAGCCCCCGCACCGAGUACAGCGUGGCCGUGCAGACGGCGGUGAAACAGAGCGACGGCGAGUACCUGGUGUCCGGCUGGAGCGAGACCGUGGAGUUCUGCACCGGGGACUACGCCAAGGAGCACCUGGCCCAGCUGCAGGAGAAAGCGGAGCUGAUCGCCGGCCGCAUGCUGCGCUUCUCCGUCUUCUACCGCAACCAGCACAAGGAGUAUUUCCAGCACGUCAGGAUGCACUGCGGGAACGUGAUGAAGCCGUCGCUGAAGGACAACAGCGGGAGCCACGGCUCGCCCACCAGCGGGAUGCUGCACGGCAUCUUCUUCAGCUGCAACACCGAGUUCAACACCGGGCAGCCCCCCCAGGACUCGCCCUACGGCCGGUACCGCUUCCAAAUCCCGGCCCAGCGCCUCUUCAACCCCAACACCAACCUCUACUUCGCGGACUUCUACUGCAUGUACACCGCCUACCACUACGUCGUGCUGGUCCUGGCGCCCAAGGGCUCCUCCGGGGAUCUCUUCUGCCGGGAGCGCCUUCCCCAGCUGGACAUUUCCUCCAACAAGUUCCUGACGUGCUGCGUGGAGGAGGGCGAGCUGGUGUACCGCCACGCCCAGGACAGCAUCCUGGAGGUCAUUUACACGGAGCCGGUGGACCUGAGCCUCGGCGUGCUGGGGGAGAUCAGCGGCCACCAGCUCAUGAGCCUCUCCACCGCCAACGCCAAAAAGGACCCCAGCUGCAAGACGUGCAACAUCAGCGUGGGGCGUUAAGGGGCCGAAGCGGGCAGGGCCGGGCAGGGGGAUGGGUGCUCGCCGCGGGGGCUUCUCCCACGGACGCUGGUGGCUGGAGGACACGGGUGGGCUCGGGGGAUGCGGGAGGUGCCCCGAGGAAGGAGCCGGCGGGAUGCUGGCGCAGAGAGGAGGCAGAGCCCGCGCCGCUGUGCGCCCCGAGGGAGGAAGCCUUCAUCUCCUGGACUGGCCGACCAGCAGCAUCCUCGCUGGCGUGAGCCCCGCGCUCUGCCCUGCGGGACCCCCCCCCCCCU